AUGGCAGCAGAACUGGUAGCUGGUGCUUUGCUUUCUGCUUCAAUUCAGGUUUUGUUUGAACGAUUGGCCUCUGAGGAGAUACCCAAGCUGUUCCGUGGGAAGAAGCUGAUUCUAGACCAGCUAUAUGAGUUGAAGACUAUGUUGUGGUCAGCUCAUGCACUGCUCAAUGAUGCUGAGGAGAAGCAACUUCGAAACGAGGAGGUUAGGAUGUGGCUUAUCGAGCUUCAAGAUGUGAUCUGUCAAGCUGAUGACUUGGUGGAUAGGAUUGAUUAUGAAGCUCUGCGAUCCAAGCUUGAACAUGAUCAUUCUAGCAGCAGUGGAAGCAAGGUAUUUAGCCAACUGAAAUCUUUGUCAAUUUUCAUGUCUGAAUUUGAUAAAUCAGUUAAAGUUGAUGCAACGGAGAUCCUUCGUAAGCUGAAGAUUCUUGUUGAUCAAAAAGAUGCUCUUGGCCUGAGAGAAGGUGCUCUGAACAAACCUUCACUAAGGCCACCAGCUCCUUUGGAUAUGUUGUUAAAAAGUGAUGUCGAUGGUGGUAAUAAGAUUUCUGUCAUCCCGAUUGUAGGGAUGGGUGGUGUUGGCAAAACUACUCUUGCUCAAGUUGUUUAUGAAGGUGAUAGGGUUCAGAAACAUUUUGAGUUAAAAGUAUGGAUUACUGUGUCGGAUAAGUUUGAUAUUUUUAAAAUAACGAACAUAAACGAAAUUUGAAGGAGACUAAAGGAAGCACUGAAGGGGAAGAAUUUUCUCUUUGUUCAUGAUGAUGUAUGGAACGAGUCUUAUUCUUUGUGGGACACUUUAAAGAGUUCUUUUGAGAGCGGAGCAAAUGGAAGUAAAAUUCUUAUGACCACCCGAAGCACAAUUGUUGCCUCGACUAUGGCCACAGGGCAUGUUCAUAAUCUAAACACUUUGAUGAAUGAAGAUUGUUGGCAGUUGUUUCUCAAACAUGCCUUCGGUAUUAACAUUGAUCUUAAUGACUACCAAGAACUACAUGUAAUUGGCAAGAAAAUAGUUGACAAGUGUAAAGGUCUUCCCUUAGCAAUAAAAUCUCUUGGUGGAUUGUUGCGUUCUGAACGAAAUGCCAAAAAAUGGGAGGGCAUACUUAAUAGUGACACAUGA